AUGGGUCGAACAUUUCUUGUCCUUCGCUGCUUUAGCUGUCAUACAUUUCAAGUUCAACAAGAAGUAAAAGCUAAAAAAUGGAGCUGUAAGGUUUGCGGAUGGAAGCAAUCAUUUGUAAAGAUUUAUGGUAAUGGUAGCGCUGCUGACUGCAGAAAUCACGUCCAAAAAUUAAAUAUGAUGAGGGGUGAAAGAGAAGCUGCUAUACUCUCAAAACUGUCGGAACAGCAUACUGAAAAUGAUUGUCGCAGUAUACAGGAAUCUCCGGAAGAGUAUUCUGAAUGCGAUUAUCGUACUAUACAGGAAUUUCAGUCAGCUUCCAAUGCUGAUGAUGUACGUAGACUGAAUUUUGUAAACUCAUGUAUAACGAGAUUGAACCAUUUAAUACUACACUAG